AAGUGAGAGCAAGGGCGGGGAAGAAAGCCGACAGGGGAGAGGAUUGCUUCCCUUUCUUUUCCCAUUCCCCCUUAAGACGAACCAGGAAGUAACCGCAAGAAUCGGGCCACCUUAACAGUAGAGUAAUGGUUUGGCCUCGCGCCAAGUCCCACCUCUGUUCCAGCUCCUGCUCCUCCCCUCUCUCUUCCCGCACUGCUUGGGGAGAGCUGGUGAGCAGGAGUCUGGCCCGAGUUAGCUAGAGCUGUUGCCAUGACAAGCAUUUUCUUAAGAAAGCUCUACUGUUGAGAUCGUCCAAAGCUGGGGGCUGGGAGGGGGGCACGAACUUCGUGGGGCACCAUCCCUCCGAAGAGAGCAAGAUCAGAGACACCCGCCCAGCUCUCCUGCACCCUUUUUCUUUUAGGAACCUGAGAGGUCCUUCCCAUUGGAAGGGCAGGGGGAGGAGACCCAGCCCACUCCCCGGCCUUAGCCGGAAAGGCAAGAGAGCAAAGCCAGCGUCUCUAGCUUGGUUGCCACACUGGGGAGACUGGUGGGUGGUCACCCCACCCUACCCCCAUCCAUGGAAACCCGGAGGGAGAGUCCCGCCUGGAGAAACCUGGAUCUUUGCUAGAAAGAGAGAGACGGUGUCUCACUGUAUUGCCCAGGCUGGUCUCAAACUCCUGGCCUCAAGCGAUCCUCCUGCCUCGGCCUCCUGAGUCUCUGGGAUUACAGGCAUGAGCCACUGUGCCCAGCCUCUUCUCUCCAAUUUCUUUUAGGACCUUGCAGUAUGGAGUAUGCCUUAGCUUCUUCUAGGCUCUUCCUGUGGUUGCAUGGCCUUAACUGAAGAUCCAGUUGUCAUCUGUAUCCAGGAAGCUCUCCUCUUCCUCCUCCUGACGUCUACCACUACAGUUGCUGGUUGUUGCUAAGGUUGCUGCCAUGGUAACAUGCACAUCCUGUUUACACCUUCAUCUGGGCAAGUUGGUCUAAGCUAGGAACCUACCUACCCUGGACAACCACUAUCAUCACCACCUGGGGACACCAAUCAUCGUGACACGGAGUCCACCUUCCACUCAGUUCCCCCAUCCUCUUCCUCCUCUCGCUGACAGACUUCAUACAGAAGAAAGGAUCUAGACUUCGGACGGCUACUCGGGAGCUUACUGCAAAAGAUAUAUUCGAUCUAUUCCCUCACUGGGCCCCCAGAGAAGCAGGAAGUAGGAAGAAGUUGAGACAGGGAGGCAGGAGACACUGGUCAGUUGAAGGGAAACGCUACAUCUUCUCUGGUUGAGGGGCUUGGUAACAGCAGGCAAAAUGACGAACCCAUCAGACCGUGUCUUGCCUGCCAACUCGAUGGCCGAGAGCCGUGAAGGGGACUUUGGCUGCACAGUAAUGGAACUGAGGAAGCUCAUGGAGCUGCGUUCGAGGGAUGCACUGACCCAGAUUAAUGUCCACUAUGGAGGUGUACAGAAUCUCUGCAGUAGACUGAAAACCUCCCCUGUGGAAGGUCUGUCUGGGAACCCUGCAGAUCUGGAGAAACGUAGGCAGGUGUUUGGACACAACGUGAUCCCCCCCAAAAAGCCCAAGACUUUCUUAGAAUUAGUGUGGGAAGCUCUUCAAGAUGUCACGCUCAUCAUCCUGGAGAUUGCAGCCAUCAUCUCCCUGGUCCUGUCCUUUUAUCGCCCUGCUGGUGAAGAAAAUGAACUGUGUGGUCAAGUCGCAACUACCCCAGAAGAUGAAAAUGAGGCACAAGCUGGCUGGAUUGAGGGGGCAGCCAUCCUUUUCUCAGUGAUCAUCGUGGUGUUAGUGACUGCCUUUAAUGAUUGGAGCAAAGAGAAGCAAUUCCGGGGGCUGCAGUGCCGCAUUGAACAGGAGCAAAAGUUCUCCAUCAUCCGAAACGGUCAACUCAUCCAGCUCCCUGUGGCUGAGAUUGUGGUUGGUGAUAUUGCCCAAGUCAAAUACGGUGAUCUGCUGCCUGCAGAUGGAAUCCUGAUCCAAGGGAAUGAUCUGAAGAUUGAUGAGAGCUCUCUGACAGGGGAAUCUGACCAUGUCAAGAAGUCCCUGGACAAAGACCCCAUGUUGCUCUCAGGGACCCAUGUCAUGGAAGGUUCUGGCCGGAUGGUGGUGACAGCUGUUGGUGUCAACUCUCAGACUGGAAUCAUCCUUACUCUCUUGGGGGUCAAUGAGGAUGACGAAGGGGAGAAAAAGAAGAAAGGUAAAAAACAAGGAGUCCCUGAAAAUCGCAACAAAGCAAAGACCCAAGACGGAGUGGCCCUGGAAAUCCAGCCACUCAACAGCCAGGAGGGAAUCGACAAUGAGGAAAAGGACAAGAAGGCAGUCAAGGUGCCUAAAAAGGAGAAGUCAGUGCUGCAGGGCAAGCUGACUCGCCUGGCUGUUCAGAUUGGGAAAGCCGGUCUGCUCAUGUCUGCUCUCACGGUUUUCAUCCUGAUUCUAUACUUUGUGAUUGACAACUUUGUGAUAAAUCGCAGACCAUGGCUCCCUGAGUGUACUCCCAUCUACAUCCAGUACUUUGUCAAGUUCUUCAUCAUCGGCGUCACUGUACUGGUGGUGGCUGUGCCAGAGGGGCUGCCUUUGGCUGUCACCAUCUCACUGGCCUACUCUGUGAAGAAAAUGAUGAAAGACAAUAACCUAGUACGGCACUUGGAUGCUUGUGAGACCAUGGGCAACGCCACCGCCAUCUGCUCUGAUAAGACAGGCACGUUGACCAUGAACCGCAUGACUGUGGUACAAGCUUAUAUUGGGGGCAUCCAUUACCGUCAAAUCCCAAGCCCUGAUGUCUUCCUGCCCAAAGUCCUGGACCUCAUUGUCAAUGGCAUUUCUAUCAACAGCGCUUAUACCUCCAAGAUUCUGCCUCCAGAGAAGGAGGGAGGCCUGCCUCGGCAGGUGGGCAACAAGACCGAGUGUGCUCUGCUAGGCUUUGUCACAGAUCUGAAGCAGGAUUAUCAGGCUGUGCGUAAUGAAGUGCCCGAGGAGAAGCUCUACAAGGUGUACACCUUCAACUCAGUGCGCAAGUCAAUGAGCACCGUCAUCAGGAAUCCCAACGGUGGCUUCCGUAUGUACAGCAAGGGCGCCUCUGAGAUCAUCUUGCGCAAGUGUAAUCGAAUCCUGGACCGGAAAGGGGAAGCAGUGCCAUUCAAGAAUAAAGACAGAGAUGAUAUGGUACGCACUGUCAUCGAGCCCAUGGCCUGUGAUGGACUCCGGACUAUCUGCAUAGCUUACCGGGACUUCGAUGACACAGAGCCCUCUUGGGACAAUGAGAAUGAGAUCCUCACCGAAUUGACAUGUAUCGCGGUGGUGGGCAUUGAGGACCCUGUGCGCCCAGAGGUGCCAGAUGCUAUUGCCAAAUGCAAACAAGCUGGCAUUACUGUCAGAAUGGUGACAGGUGACAACAUCAACACAGCCCGGGCCAUUGCCACCAAAUGUGGCAUUCUGACACCUGGGGAUGACUUCCUGUGCUUAGAAGGCAAAGAAUUCAACCGGCUCAUCCGCAACGAGAAAGGCGAGGUAGAGCAAGAAAAGCUGGACAAGAUCUGGCCUAAGCUUCGGGUCCUGGCGCGAUCUUCUCCCACUGACAAGCACACCCUGGUGAAAGGCAUAAUUGACAGCACUGUUGGGGAACACCGGCAGGUCGUGGCUGUCACUGGUGAUGGCACAAAUGACGGGCCUGCUCUGAAGAAAGCGGAUGUUGGUUUUGCAAUGGGCAUCGCAGGCACAGAUGUAGCAAAGGAGGCUUCAGACAUCAUCCUAACAGAUGACAACUUUACCAGCAUUGUGAAGGCAGUGAUGUGGGGACGAAAUGUCUAUGACAGCAUCUCCAAGUUCCUGCAGUUCCAGCUCACUGUCAAUGUGGUGGCCGUGAUUGUAGCCUUCACUGGAGCCUGUAUCACUCAGGAUUCCCCAUUGAAAGCUGUGCAGAUGUUGUGGGUUAAUCUGAUCAUGGACACUUUUGCUUCAUUGGCCCUGGCCACAGAGCCCCCUACGGAAUCUCUGUUGAAGCGGCGCCCCUAUGGCCGAAAUAAGCCUCUGAUCUCACGCACUAUGAUGAAGAACAUCUUGGGCCAUGCGUUCUAUCAGCUCAUUGUCAUCUUUAUCCUUGUCUUUGCGGGUGAGAAAUUCUUUGAUAUUGAUAGUGGGAGGAAGGCACCUCUGCAUUCACCACCCAGCCAGCACUAUACCAUUGUUUUUAACACCUUCGUGCUGAUGCAGCUCUUCAAUGAAAUCAACUCCCGAAAGAUCCAUGGAGAGAAGAACGUCUUUUCAGGCAUCUACCGCAACAUUAUCUUCUGCUCUGUAGUCUUGGGCACAUUCAUCUGCCAGAUUUUCAUCGUGGAAUUUGGGGGUAAACCCUUCAGUUGUACAAGCCUCAGCCUGUCUCAGUGGCUGUGGUGUCUCUUCAUUGGGAUUGGAGAACUUCUGUGGGGCCAGUUCAUCUCCGCAAUACCUACCCGAUCCCUGAAGUUCCUGAAGGAGGCUGGGCAUGGCACCACCAAAGAGGAGAUCACCAAGGAUGCCGAGGGACUGGAUGAGAUUGACCAUGCUGAGAUGGAGCUGCGCCGAGGCCAGAUCCUCUGGUUCCGGGGCCUGAACCGUAUCCAGACUCAGAUCGACGUAAUUAACACAUUCCAGACGGGAGCCUCUUUUAAGGGAGUCCUAAGGCGACAGAACAUGGGUCAACACCUUGAUGUAAAACUUGUUCCUAGUUCAUCCUAUGUAGCAGUUGCACCAGUCAAAUCUUCCCCCACCACUUCUGUUCCUGCUGUUUCAUCUCCUCCUAUGGGCAAUCAAAGUGGUCAAAGCGUUCCAUAGUUCCCUCCACGAAAGCAUUCAGAAACCCUACAACCAAAAGUCCAUCCACAGCUUCAUGACCCACCCUGAAUUCGCCAUAGAGGAGGAGUUGCCACGAACACCACUCCUGGAUGAGGAAGAGGAGGAAAAUCCUGACAAGGCUUCUAAGUUUGGGACUAGGGUGCUCCUGUUGGAUGGUGAGGUCACUCCAUACGCCAAUACAAACAACAAUGCGGUGGAUUGCAACCAAGUGCAGCUCCCCCAGUCGGACAGCUCUCUACAGAGCCUAGAGACAUCGGUUUGAAUUUUCUUUCUCUGACUCUCAUCCCUAUUUUCCCUAUUUCCAUUUUCGUCUGUCCCAUCUAUGAGGUGAUGAUGGGACUUUUCAUCGUCACGUCAGCUGCUGUGUUAACAGCAGUGUGUGUGAAGUGAACCUCUACCUGACCAUGAAGAGGCAAGAGCACAGACUUACAAGGAUUUCAACUUAAGCUUGACUUGGGGUUUGUAGCGGGACCCAGUCAAACCCCAUUCAGGUCAUGGUAGAAUCUACUCCUUGGUAGUCACUUGUCAUUUUUAAAGAAAUGAUGACAAUCCUCUUGGCAUCACCCCACCCCACAUUCUCCCCUGAUGUUCAUCUCCUGAAUUCUGGAUUUUGUCCUACAAGUCUGUGCCAUUUAUAAGCUAAGUUGAGGGUUCAGAGGGAGACAAAUAUCCCCAAGUGAAAUUCAAUUUUUCCCACUUUGAAAACUUACACCUAAAGGCCUGUAGGCCUCUAACUCUUUCUGCCCUUUCAUUCAAACCUCUCCAAAGUUCUUUGUCUUUUGUCUUCCCUUCUUUUCCUUUUUUUUUUUUUUUUUAUGAUGAUUAAGAAAAUGGAAAGGAUAUGGAUGAAUUGUGUAAACUUAGAUCCUUCUCCCUUUUGGCCCAAAAGAACCCUUGAUUUAGUUCCAGAAUCCAACCAGUUUCUUUGUUAAAAGGGUCCUUUUGAAGCAAUUAAGUGCUGGUAAGAAUAUUUCUCUGUUGUUGCCAGGUUACCUUCUGCUUUUAAAUUGCCAUCUUGUAAAGUGUAUGUGGUUCUUAAGUGCCAGGGAGAUCAGCCUUGCCCAUGAAGGUUGCAUAUGUGUGGUAUACAGUUUUUACCUGAAAGCCUGAGCUUUCUCUUAUUCCUAAAGUGGUGGCAAAAGAAUGAACUGGGUAUGACCCUGCCCCCUUACUGGGCUUGGAUAUUGAGGACCAGACGCUGCCAAAUCUAGGACAAGACAGACCAUCAAAGCAGACUUUUGUGGGCUCCUCUUUGGGGUACCACUGCUUUCAAAGCCAUCUGCCAAGGCUCUCCAGGGCAGGACCUGACUGGUGGGGAAUGAGUGUUCAGAAGCCUUGGGAGAGGCCAAAGAGCCAUUCUAGUAUGAUCUGAGAAAACCUUCCUGCAGGGGCCAGAAACCUUGAGCUUAGGUGCCUGGGGACCAGCUUCGACAUUCUCUCCAGUUUCUGAUUCUAAUUUUUGCCACGUGUCACAACUUUUCCAGUCUCUGAGAAGGUCCUAGCCUUUCUCAAAUAUUCUGAUUUUGAAAAUAUGUAUCCAAAGUGGGAGGCCCCUGUGACAUUUUGCCAACUUAAACGAGAAAAAGACCCCCCCCCCCACCCGGCACACUCCCCCUUCCUCCAGCCCCCCUUCAGCCACAUGCUCCAGCUGCUGCCCAGUAAAGCCCUGUGCCUUUUUUUCCUCUGAAUACUGCCCAAAGCAUCCCCUUCCCAUCUGCCUCUCAGGAGUUGGGGACUUUGCUAGGAGAUUUUUUAAGUGUUCCUUACUGGGACAAGGUGGAGCCAUGUUUGCAGGAGCUCCAUUUGUAUCCCUGCUGGUGUUGACUUCUGUGCAGGGGCCAGUUCAUGUCCCUGACUCUCACCUCCCAUUAGAUAAAUGAAGCCCACCCCCCUUUCUAGAGUGAUGAGAGUCAAGAAGAGGGGACGUAUGAACGGCCAAAUUCCCAUGUGAGAGGAAGAUGACCUGAUCCACCUAGCCUUUUCUUCUGGAUCUGUCCUCCCUCACCCCUUUCACCUGAGCUGUCCACAGUAGGAAACAUAAAGAAACAAUGUCCCCUACAUAUCCCCAUGACUACAUAAUCCAUCAUCGUAGGAAAUAGGAAAGCAAAUUUGAUUUUGGUUUUGUAAAACGUACAUGCUUCAAUAAUUCUUUUUUGUGUCUUAAAUACUCAUAGGGGAAAAAAACAGCUCACCCAAGGUGUUAGGUUUCACAUAUAUAUUCAUCAACUAUUUUAGAAGAUUUAAUUCUAUCAAAUCUUGUAUUACCUCAGAUCAUUUUAAAUAGCAAGCCAGUAACGAGCUUUGAAGGCUAUUUUACCAUUCCUGUUCACAAAAGGCUCUCAUGGUGCCUGACAGGUUACCCUUGAGGGCUUGUGUCUACUUUUUAAAAGUCAAUGGUUUUUUUCUUGUGUUCUAGUUUCCAUAAUAGGAGAGAAAAUAUAGAAAUAUAUGCAAAAAUUAUAGUUUUCUUUAGAUCAGAAACUGAUAUUUUUGGGUCAGCCAUAUGUAUUUUGUUUAAAGGAUUUAAAAUAAAGUGCUGUCAUGUAGCCCUGUGGAAGGGAGCACAUAACCAGCUGUUUGGCAUGACAGGUGACUUAGUAUAUUUGUAAUUGGUUUUAAAACCAAUACACCGUACUUUCUUUCUGCAAACAGCCAUCUUUAUACUUAGGGAAAAAAAAUUGUUGGGUUCUAGACUUUUUUAAUAUAAAUUUUGUUGAUAUGGAAUUAGGUAAGUUUAAGUGUCUAUGUGCAUAUGUUUUUUAUAUAAGUUUUUUCUAUUCAGUUUCACUGAUCCAACUGGCAGUGGGUAAAUAUGGCAUAAGUUAAUAACACUUUUCCCCAAAAUGGUGCUUUGGAUUUGAAAAGGGUCUGAUGGGGAGAAGGAGAACGUAUCAUCCUAGCUUCCUCUCUUAAUAAACCUAGAAAAACGGGUAGUAAACUGUGGAUAGUCAGGAAAACACCCAGCAAGGGACACAGCUGUCAGGAAAUGAAUCUUCCCCCCAACCCCCACCAUGCAGAUGGAUAGACAGACUCUUUCCUGACUAGUCAUUAGGAUCAGGGGCCUCUGUUGGAUUUGUGUUUCUUGAAGAAUAGCUGGCAGAGUGGUAUAAAAGACACGAAUAUCUCCUGGUCUAUAAGGAUACUCUGAUUUGGGGUUUGCAUUUUUCAUGGUUUUUAUUUCCUGUUCCCCCUGGAGUUUUCCAUUAGUGAGUUUUUGUGCAAGGAUCUUAUUUGUGAUGCCUUCCCUCCCCUAGAAAGAUUUUGUGCAAUAUAUUAAAUGGGGACAGAAUUCUAAAUGGAUAAAACAAUGGCUGGUUCUAGCCCUGAGUGACAGUCUUAAGGCUAGGUCCUUCCCAUAGUAUCAUCUGUCCUCUGGAAUGACUCUCCUGUCCCUAAAGGGGUUAAGAGAGAGAUCACCUAGAAAUCCCUCUGGACACUUGUGGGUUCUUUAGGGUUUGAGUUUCUUCUUCCCCUUGAGCUUCAGAGAGGAGAGUUGGCAGGGUUAAAUCUGAAUGGUUACCUCACUGCUGAAAACCCAGAGGGGCAUGGCACACUCGCUUGUGUGGAAAAGCCUCUAAAUGCAUCCCUUCCUUUCUUUCCUGCUUCCUUUGCCUUACAAUUGAAGCAGCCCGUGGUACCAUCACAGUAUGCAGAGACUUCCUCACCUUUCAUAUCUAGGGACCACCCCCCAUGCAUUGGUGAGGGUGGCCACUUAUAAAUGCCUGCUAUUGUUAAGCCAUUCCAGCCUCUUCCUCUGAAUAGACCAGACGCCCUUUCACUUAGUUCAGUGCCAGUCCUUUUGCCUUCCCAACCCUGCUGUUAGGCCUGCUGUUCCCUUUGCUCUUGAUUAGGAGAGAUGGAAGGAGAUGAGCUCCCAUAACUGAAUUGGCCUUUGGUUCAUGUUUUCUCCCCAUAUGUAUAUAUGCCAUAUGUGAAUAUGCCAUAUAUAUGUGCCAACAAAUCUAUCUACGUUGUUCUUUUCAAAUUAGCACGCAGAUAGGAAUUUUGAGUUUCUUCUUCUUUUAGUAACUAGUAUAACAAGCACUGGUAUUUUUGUACAAAAAAGAAAAACAAAAGAUUGACUAUUGUGGUCUGCAUGACAUAAACAAACAAAUGGUGAUAUCAAAGCAACGUAUACCCCAGUCCAGUGUGUUGCCAUAAUUUGCAAUUCAGCUUAACAGUGCACCCGAUCUAUAUUUGCAUUUUGAUAUUAUUUAAGCUCUAUGUACAAGGUUUUGCAUGUAUUUAUAUGGUUCUUAGGAAAAAAAAAUGCUAUAAACUGCAAAUCUGAAAUUCAAAUGUGUUGUUCCACUGAGACCAGAAGAAGAAGAGGAGUUUUAAAAGGGAUAAUUUGUUGGAACCAAUAAAGCUUUUUGCUGAUGAACAGAAACCAAUACUGCUGUGCACUGAGAAUAAAAACUCAUGCCCACUUGUAA